AUGAUCGUCUUUAGAUGCCUCUACUUCCAAAUAACCAUAGCCUUACUCUUGAUAACACAAACCACCUCCACUAAGGCGGACAGCUGCAUCACGAGUGAGAGGUCCGCCCUUCUCCACUUCAAAGCAGGCCUCUCGGACCCUGCAAACGUCCUUUCGUCAUGGGAGGGCCACGACUGCUGCCGGUGGAAGGGCGUCGGCUGCAGCAACAGAACCGGCCAUGUUGUGAAGCUCGACCUCCAGGGGCCUCCUGGGUUUGUCAAAACCAUGCUAGGAGGCAACAUAAGCUCCUCGUUGCUCGGUCUGCAACAUCUGCGGUAUCUAGACCUCAGCCGCAACUGGUUUAGCGGCCUACAGGUACCGGACUUCCUGUCUUCUCUCCACAGCUUGAGAUAUCUAAGCUUGUUGGGCUCGGACUUCGCGGGAAGAAUACCGUCCCAGCUGGGUAAUCUCACCAACUUACGUUACUUGAGUCUUGGCUAUAAUCAUGGCGCAUACUUCACGGAUAUCGCCUGGUUGCCGAGGUUAUCUUCCCUUGAACACCUAGAUAUGAGCGAUAUAAAUCUCGGCAACCUUACAAACUUGUUUCCGGACCUGAAUAGUCUUGUUUCCCUUAAAGUUCUUCUUAUUUCUGGUUGCGGACUUCAAAACAGCCCUGAUUAUCAUGUGCAUUCAAAUCUGUCAUCUCUUGAAAUUCUGGACAUUUCGUCCAACGAGUUCCGCAAGCCUAUCAAACCCAACUGGUUUUGGGAUUUGACCAGCCUUAAGCAACUUGAUAUCUCUUAUAAUCAGUUCAGUGGCAUGUUCCCUGACGAGAUUGGGAAUAUGACCUCCAUGAGAAGCCUUGAUUUAUCACAAAACAACCUAGUGGGCAUGAUACCAUCAAACUUGAAGAACCUAUGUAGCUUGGAACAGUUGAAAGCAUCUGGGAACAACAUCAGCGGGAGCAUAUCAGAAAUCUUUCAGCUUUUGCCUAGUUGUUCUUGGAAUAGAUUAUCAUGGUUGUCUUUGUCUAACAGUAGUUUGACAGGAAGCAUACCAACAAAGCUAGGACCAUUAAGAAAUCUGGUCGUGCUUGAUCUCAGUGAGAACCAUCUCAUAGGUCAUUUGCCCCUGUGGAUCGGAGGUCUCACGAAGUUAAAGGACCUGAACCUGCAACAAAACAAUCUGGAUGGCGUCAUUCAUGAAGGUCAUUUAUCAGGAUUAGCAAGCUUGGAGACGAUGUGGUUGUAUGAUAAUUCUAUUGCCAUCGCACCGAAUUCAACUUGGGUUCCUCCUUCCAGUUUAACAGAUAUUGUAAUCAGAUCAUGCUUUUUAGGGCCUGAGUUUCCGUUGUGGCUUAGAUGGCCAAUGCAUCUAUAUCGUCUUGAUAUUUCAAACACAAGCAUAUCUGACAUAGUGCCAGAUUCGUUUUGGAUAACAGCUUCCUCGGUGGACUCGCUAAUGAUGGGACAUAACCAACUCAGUGGCUAUCUACCAUCCACAAUGGAGUUUAUGACAUCAUUUAAGAUGGAUCUUAGUUCUAACAAUUUUAGUGGUCCAAUACCCAAGCUACCUGUUAAUCUAACCGACUUGGAUCUUAGUGGAAACAAAUUUUCUAGCCUGCCAUUUGACUUCGGAGCGCCAAGACUUGCAACACUACAUCUGCCUGACAACUCAAUCUCUGGCACCAUUCCUUCAAGCUUGUGCAAACUGGAAUCAUUGAUGAUUUUAGAUCUAUCAAGAAAUAAGCUCACUGGGUCAAUUCCUGAUUGCCUAGUCAAUCAAUCAACAACAAAGACGACAAGUCUGAGUAUUACUCAUCUCAGCUUGACCAACAACAAGUUGUCAGGCGAUUUCCCUUCAUUUCUCCAAAGCUGCAAGCAACUCAUAUUUCUUGACCUUGCAUAUAAUCAAUUCUCUGGGACUCUGCCAUCGUGGAUUGGAGAGAAGCUAUCAUCUUUGGUAUUCUUGCGGUUAAGAUCUAAUAUGUUCUAUGGUCACAUUCCGGUGGAGCUUACUAUGCUAACUAAUCUUCAGUUUCUGGACCUUUCCUACAACAAUAUAUCAGGACACAUACCGAAAUCUAUUGUUAACUACACAGGGAUGAUUCGAAUGAGAGAUCCAGGUAGUGCACUCACCUUUGUGUUGGCUUAUAUGCAUUAUGACCCUGCUCAUUAUGGUGAGAAUUUUACAGUAGUCACAAAGGGCCAAGAGCGUUUGUAUACAGGAGAAAUUGUGUACAUGGUAAAUCUUGAUUUAUCCUGUAAUAGUAUUACCGGAGAUAUUCCUGAAGAGAUCGGUACUCUUGUGGCUCUAAAGAGUCUGAACUUAUCAUGGAAUGACUUCAGUUCAAAAAUUCCGGACAAGAUUGGCUCGUUAGUGCAAGUGGAGUCUCUUGACCUAUCACAUAAUGAGUUGUCUGGUAGAAUUCCUACAAGCUUAUCAGCUCUCACAUCACUGAGUCACUUGAACCUGUCCUACAACAAUCUGACAGGCGGGAUACCAUCUGGAAAUCAACUACAAGCACUCGAUGACCAGGAAUUUAUUUAUGUUGGCAAUCCGGGUCUAUGUGGUCCCAUGAUCUCUAAGAAAUGCCUUGGGACCGAGUUGAUUCCAGCUACUUUAGAGCAUCAUGAAGAUGUCAACGAUACGGUUUCAUUUCUCAUUGCCAUGGGUUCUGGAUGUGUAAUGGGCCUCUGGGUGGUCUUCUGCACCUUCCUAUUCAAGAGAAAAUGGAGAAUUUGCUGGUUCUCGUUCUGUGACAGCUUGUAUGACCGAGUUUAUGUGCAAGUGGCUGUUGGCUGGGUUUCCCGGACAAGACACAACACAGUGGGUAGGAGUUGAUAUCAACACCAUUGUUUGUUUGACAUCACUGCUUCUUGGU